AUGACGCGUGAAAAUAUCCACACGGACGACGCGCGCGUCGACCGCACACGCGCGCGGUCGUCCACCAUGCUCGCGCGCGUCGCGGGAACGUCCGCGCGGACGAUCGGUUCGAGGCUCGACGCGCACGCUCGAACGUUCGCUCGGAGAGCGGCGGCGCGGUCGAGCGCGAGCGGACGCGGCGGCGGCGGGCUCGCGCUCGACAAGUCCUCCUCGCGCGCGAGGUUUGGGUCGUGGAGAAGCGAGCGCGGGACGGCGAUCCCCGCGCACGCUCGGGCGAAGACGAAGAGCGCGCGCGAGGACGAUGGGGACGCAGAGGACGAGGAGGUCCUGGAUGAGGAUUUCGACGCGGAGGAAGAGUUCGCGGACGCGGAUGACGCGAGCGAGGGAGGGAUGAUCGACGAUGGCGGAGAGGCGUACGGAAAGCAGGCUCUGGAGGCGUUGAGAGAGGCUUUAGGCACGGCGCCGUUCACGGGCGAGUACGAGGUACACUCGUUCAAGGUGAACGCGGCGCGGCGACGCGUGCAGGCGAGCGUGGACAAACUGAGCGACAAGUACGGGUCGCCGACUCUGGACGAAUUGACCGCCAUCGUGCGCGCGCACAACGCUAUUUUGGAAGAUCAAGGAUUCCCGGAGGACGUCGCCGUGGAGAUCGCGAGUCCCGGGGCGACGAGGACGCUGCGAGUGCCGAGCGAGCUAGCUCGUUUUCGCGAGCUCAUGAUGGAGGUGACGUACAAGGGAGAGGUGGAGAACGCGGAGUCCACGUCGAACGUCACUAAAGUGAUGGAAAUCACGGAUGUUAACGACACUGAGGUCGAGUGGAAGCUCGCGGACGUCGCGGCUAACCGUCCGGGGAAGAAGGGACAGGGGAUGAACAAGAAAAGUCGAGAGUGGCGACUUCGGAUGCCGGUUUCUGCCGUCGUGAACGCGUCGCUUUUCAUCGAUAUAUAA